AUGUUACAAUCAAGGAAACAAGGUCGAAGAGACCAGCCCACUUCUAACUACGGUGAGUCGGAAGCUAAAGGCAGAGGAGAAAUAGGGCUUGGGGGAGAAAUAAAACCAGGUCCUGCAGCGCCACCACCAGAUGAAAGGCAAGGCUCACAGGAUCUUCAAACUCUGAAUUAUCCUCGAGGAAGGGUCGCACACUCUUCAUCCACCGAAUACGAUACCACGAACGCGCCAUCUUCCUACAGCCAUCAACCUACCUUAGGUACAUAUUCCCAGGCUUCGAUCCACACACCUUCGUCCCAGUCAACCCAAAAUGAGACCCGAGCGAAUGAUUCGAGCACCGCAUAUUCUCGUGACCAUGAUAGCUAUUCAGGUGAACGUCAGACAACCGGUCAUCGGACAACAGGAGAACAGACUGCCGUCACUAGUGGAGGCUCGUCCACUGACUGGAUUUGGAGUCAGUCACACGGAAAAUAUUAUCGUGUGUUGUACAAGUCUGAUGGGUCUAUGGAAUACAUAUGGUAUAACAAACCAUAA